GUUUGCAUGUCGGUCGAUCUCGUGAGCAUUUCGAUCGUUGUUUUCGGCACCUUUGUUAUUACAUUUGUUAUGGCAUCAGUCUAUUAUUGUUAUUGUUGGCUAUUUUUGUCACAAAGGAAAAGAGCACAAAGUGUCUUGGAUAUGUAUGUCCUCUUUGUUUCUUUUAAUCUUACCUUUGGCAAGACAAAGGCUGUCGUAGACGUCGCUUUAUUGGCCGUUCAUCGGCGUCUGACAUGGUGUGUGCAUGCAAUAAAUAUUACGGUGGUACGUUCGGCAAGGAAUGGAAAAUAGGAAGAUUAGAUGCAAGCUGGAUAAGAAAAAACCCGAGCGCCUGGGUAGAAAAGGAAGAAACUGGAUGCAUUGACCAUAUGCUUGACUCAGGGCGAAACCCGUCAGGUCAUUUUACAAUAAUAAUAUUAAAGAACACAGAGACCCAGGGGACCGGGGCCUCUCGAGGAGUGAGGAGUGAGAGAGAGUGGCAAGAGAGACAAAGACACUUGUCCUGUUCCCCGGACUUGGUUGUUACUAUCCGUUCGUUAGUUAGCGAUACAUGCUUCUUGGAUACAAGAGAGAACAUUAAAAAAAUUAAAACAAGCAAAUCAGAGUUUAACGCAACAAAGGCCGACCCCCUCCCCUUACUUUUAGUUUUCUUUCUCUACUUCCUCUCUUUCUCUUUCCCUCUUUUGAACGGACCGGUCACGCCACACACACACACACAUACACACAAAACCCUUAAAGUAGACACCACAGCAUAACAAAAAAAGACGAGCGCGUUGAAUCGCUGAACGCACACGUUUCAUCUCUACAAUUCUCUUUUCUUUUCCUUGUCCAACCCCUCUUUGCAAAAAAUGCUAAAGCAUGAUAAUAACAGCAGCAGCAUCCCUGAUUUGCAUCAACGCGAAUUAGAUUCAAGCAGUCGUGUAUGUAGAAUUUUCUAACCGUUUUGUUUUUUUUCCUG